AUGGGACUUAGCCACCUCACUCUAACUAUCCUUGUUUUUGCUUUAGCUGCCCUUGCGGUAGCUACUGUCUUGCCCUAUUGGCAUUGUGGUAGUCUCUUUGAGGACUGUACACAAGAUGGAGCAGGAAGAAGAGACGUUAUGCUGGCAAUGACCUGCUGCUUGGUGAUUGGGGUCACAAUGCUUGCCAUUGUCUGCAUUAUCGAUUUCAUUCACCUCUGCUCAAGGACUAGAUCAAAGGCGGAAAAUGUGGCGAGGCUGGUUCUUCUGUACAUUGGAUCUAUACUAUGCAUUGCCGCAGUUAUUCUCUACACGGUGGAGAUAAAUCAAUCGUGGUCUUAUUUCCUCGCCACCUGUGGGGCUGCUUUUGCUGCUCAAGUUUGUCUUCUAAAGCAAAUUCAUUCGAGAUGUUGUGGGGAGUAUAGUGCUGGUGUAAGAAUCGUCGAACAUUAA